CACGCGCCGGUCAAUGCGCGGCCCUUAGUGAUAGCCAAGUGGCUGAGCCUUGGUUACCGCAGCUUCAUGCGUUUCCUGGACCGUUUUCUCCGCCGUGCCCGCAACCUGCUGCUUCAAGCCGAGACCGGGCUGGUCGGUAUGUGCGCGGGGGUGAGCUCCACGUACGCCGGGCCCCACCUGCUCAGGCUGCCAGCCGUGCCAGGCUACGAGCCCUCCAAGUGUAACGAUAUGCUGUUCUGCCAUGCCCAGGAGCUGGGGCACAGGCCGCAUCAUGUCAUUUAUUUCCCAGGGGAUGUGCAGGUGAGCUCUGGGAAGGGAGGGCCCCACACGCUGCCUGCUUUGCUCUGUUUGCAGGUGCCCACUGUCCAGGUUUAAUAGUAAACCAUGUUCCUGUAAGUUUAAAAUCCUGAAAGCCACGUACCAUAGUAAUAAUCCUACUAGGUUUAUUCAGGAGUGGUUUCAAUUGUACUCUUAACCUCUCAAGGACCAGACUUCUGGAAUAAAAGGGAAUCAUGACAUGCCAUGUGUCCUUAAGGGGUUAAAUAUUGAAUCAUUAAAAUGUAUUGCAAUUAAAUUUUAAAGUAAGGCAUUUGAAAAUCACACCUGAGUAUUUAGAUGUGAUUUAUUAAAUGAUUACUUCCUCCUCCUACUAGAUGGCAGGUGCAGGGGCCAUUAGGUGCUAUUGGGAUUUAGUGGGAAAUGUGUCAGCAGUUUGGAUUGAUUUAAGAAUGAUUGAUUUUUACAAAAUUGAUGGUGGUAAAGACAUGGGGAGUUCAUUGCAUUGUAACCUAUGCAUAGGGGGUUCUGAUGCUUCCAGUGUCCCAUUUAAGUGGUUUAUUACUUGACCUGCUUCAAAAGGUAAUCCACACAGUGUAGAAAGUGACCUCCUAUUUUUAGUACCUUAUAAUAUGGUGCAUUAAAGAAGGCCCGAACUGGCCAUCCGGCAAAUGCUUGGUGGGCCGUGAUAUUAUAGGCACCCAGACCAUUUUAGCUCAUUGAUGUGGUCUGAAUGCAGUGCCCUUCUCUGUUUAACACUGAAAUGUUCAUUAUUGCAAUUAUUGAGAAACUGCAAUAAAUUAACUCCACCUCUAGUGGCUGUCUACCAGAGGCGCUUCUAGGUAAUUUUUUGGUCACCUGAUAAUGGACGUCCUAACGCUGUGCAUGAGCACAUACCCUAUGCAUAUGCUAAAACCUCAAAAGAAAGCAGGGAUUCAUUGCUUUCCUAUGAGGUUGUUCUAAUGCGAUCGCAGUGCAUGCGCAUUAAAGGGACACUCCAGUUUUCCUGGCACUGCAGGUACCCUCUCCCUCCCACCACCCAUCCCAUGUUGCUGAAGCGGUGAAAACCCGUUUAGUGACUUACCUGAGACCCUCGCCGAGGGUUUUGGGUCCACCCACGCUCCUCACCUGCCGACAUCAUCCGGCGGGGGAGACCGAUCGUGCAUGCGCGACUGCUGGUGGGGGGAGACCAAAUGCGCAUUAGACUUCUCCAUAGGAAAGCCUUAAAAAUGCUUUCCUAUGGGGAAUUGAGCAACGCUGGAGGUCCUCUAAAACCUGUGUUAGAAACCAGGAAGUGCCCUCUAGUGGCUGUCUACUAGGGAGGAGUUAACCCUGUAAUGUAAUUUAUUGCAGUUUAUGAAAACUGCAGGGUUAAGGGUAGUGGGAGUUGGCACCCAGACCACUCCUAUGGGCAGAAGUGGUCUGGGUGCCUGGAGUGUCCCUUUAAGUCCCAGACAUUGGGGAGGAGGAGCGAAAGUGGGACCUGACCCAUUGUCGAUACAUCAGCACUGGAUUUAGGUGACAAAAAGGUUCUGCACUGUUGGGGGUGCGAGUGAUGGGGGCACUAUGGUGCUAGGAAUACAAUUUUGUAUUCCUAGUCUAUAGCUUCCCUUUAGAUCAUGCUGCAGAAAACUAGAUAAUAAUAAAAUGUAAAAAAAAAUAUUUUAAUAUGCAGCACAUAAAGUGGCACUGUCAUAGCCAAAUCCAUUUUUAUUUUUUUUUAUUUUUAACUCCACUACAUCUAAUUGUCCCCCUAAUACCUCUAAGCGCCCCAGCUUACCAAUUUUUUAUCUUUAUUUUCUGCCCUGAGCUAGGUCCUGGGUGCCGCCAUCUUUGUGUGGGUAGAUGAAGUCCCUGUGGGACACAUCAUCUGCCCACACUAAAUAGCGCAGUGAGAUUCCCGCGCAUGCCCAAUUAAACACUUGGGCAUUUGAACGGAAAUUUAAUCUAUUCAUUAAUUCGUCAGAAACCUCUUUGUUCGUUUGUUUGCUUUAUUACAAGGAGGAAGCUACUGGCUCGCAGCUCCCUCCUUGUAAUAUGUAAAAAUGGAAGCAGCAGGGAACAGUGCUCCCCGCCACUUCCUAAGCCCCCCAUGUCCUCCGUCCUCCCUCACUUCGGGGGUCAGUAUAAUACCCAUAAUAGCAUAAGUGAGAUUGAGAUCUCCUGAAUGCCCCUACUUGCUAUGCCACGAGUAGGGGUAUGUCUACUAAACAGUGAACACUCCAGUUGCGAGAGUUAUGAGUCAAAUUCCAAAUAACUUUCCCAUGCUGUGUAACAUGACAAAGAGCACUCUGCGCCUAAUUGCAGGGCGUGGGAACUUUCCCUGCCUUUUUUAGCGUCUGUGUUUUUUUUUUUUUUGGAGGGGGGAGGGAGGUUUGCGCUCAGGAUUUUUAUUUUAUUUGAUAAGUUCGGGUAUUAUGGAUUUUUAUUUGUCCUUUUUUGGGACUGAAAAAAGAAGACAAAUGGUAAGUUAAUUUUUUAUUUUUUUUUAUUUACAGGGAUUUAUUUUUAUUUUUUCCUACUCACUAUUUUAGGGUGAGGGGGGUAGGUAGGUCUUUAUUAAAAAAUAUAUAUUUUUGGGUGGGGGGGUGACUUGGGGCUUGGAGACCCCUAGUCACCUGGGUGGGAGGGUUUUUACUCAAAGUUUACUAGACAUGCUCCUACUCGCGAUAUAGCGAGUAAGGGCAGAUUAAUUACUAAUACCAAGUAAUUUAUACUUGGUAUUAGUAAAGUAGGCUGAAAGACCAAUCUUGGUCGUUCAGCCUUUUGGUAGAUAGCUCCCUAAUACCGUGGGAAUUAGGGAGUUAUCUUCUAAGCGGCUACAAGAUGCAGCCGCGGCACGAAUCGGAUCGCAAUUUCAUUCAUUUGUAGGAAAUUCCGAUCCGAACAAAGUCCCGAAUUGCGUUCUAACACGAAUGGACGAACUGCUCUCAUUCUGUUAGGACAGAAUUCGGAAGUUUUGCCGACGUUCGGGAAUAUGGGAAGGAGGCAUCACAAGAACAUGGAGGUGAGGUGAGAAUUGUGGGGAAAUUUCUCUGACCACAGGAAACGGAGCACACUUUGCUCCUCCGUGGUCAAAGCUGGUUAAGCGUAGGAAACCUUCAUAAGACAAAGUAGUCCGUACUUUGUCUUAUGUUUUAAUGAAAACUAGAGCAGACAGGAAGAAAUGAAGAACAGAUCCUGACAGAGGGAGAGAAGAGGAAGCGAUUGGAGAAAGGUAAGUUUGGCAUGACAAUGCUGCUUUAAUAUGAAUGUUAGUACUGCCACAGGAAAACACUCCCAGACCAUCAAAGAUCAGGAUCAUUUUUUUUUUUAAUUUUUUUUUUUUUUUUAAAUAUUGUUUCACUUUUCAUACAAACCACUUUUCAAUCGGGAAUUAUGAGAUGUGUAGGUAAGCCUCUUGUCACAGUUACACUCAUCAAUCACAUUUGAGUGACAUGUUGUACCAAUUUUGAAUGGCAAAGAAGGAAGGAAAAUUCCUAUGACAUCCAGGAAGCAGUAAUUUGAUAUAUGUGCAGUGAUUUUUACAAAUGCCUGCAUUUUAGAAGUGGCUGGAAGCAAUGGACUGCAGCUUCAUGCUAGAAUUUAGAAUUCAUCCAGAAUUGUUAAUGGUGCUUGAAUUAAUACUUCAAUCAAAUAAUUAUCUAUGUACCAAUAAUAUUGUUUAUUUAGCGAGAUAUGUCAACUACAGUUUGUAAUAUUCGUUUUUUUUAUUUUUUUAUUUUAUUGAAGCAAAUUUUUCCAUAUACAACAAAUAUACUGCACCUUGCAAUCAAAUUCAUGACAUAUGCAGCAGACAAAUAGUUACAUAUCUUAUUAAACAUAUUACAUCAUUAUACAUCCUCAAAUUUUUUUGAAACAUGACCACAUAGUGUCCAGGAACAAAUACAAACAAACAAACAAACAGAAAAAAAAAAGAUACAGUUUAUAAUGUUCUUAAGGUUAGAAUAUUGCAUGACCAUUUUCUUAUUACAUAUUGUUUAAAAUUUUAGAUAUAUUAUUUAUAUUAAAGGACCACUAUAGUGUGUUUUAUAUUAAAGGACCACUAUAGUGCAAGGAAAACAUACUCGUUUUCCUGGCACUAUAGUGCCCUGAGGGUGCCCCCACCCUCAGUGUCCCCCUCCCGCCAGGCUCUGGGGAGAGGAAAGGAUUCAAACUUACCUUUUUUCCAGCACGGGCGGGGAGCUCUCCUCCUCCGAUCCUCCCUUUCGGCUGAAUGCGCACGCGUGGCAAGAGCUGCGCGCGCAUUCAGCCGGUCUCAUAGGAAAGCAUUUACAAUGCUUUCCUAUGGACGCUUGCAUGUUCUCACUGUGAUUUUCACAGUGAGAUUCACGCAAGAGCCUCUAGCGGCUGUCAAUGAGACAGCCACUAGAGGAUUUGGAGGCUGGAUUAACCCCAUUAUAAACAUAGCAGUUUCUUUGAAACCAUGUUUAUAAAAAAAAAAAAAGGGGGGGGUUAACCCUAGCUGGACCUGGCACCCAGACCACUUCAUUAAGCUGAAGUGGUCUGGGUGCCUAGAGUGGUCCUUUAACAGUGAAUUUGAGGACAAUUCUAUUGAGCAAAGUUGGGCAAUGGCAGAUCUUUUUUAAAGGGACACUAUAGUCAACAGGAUAACUACAGCUUAAUGUAGCGGUUCUAGUAAGUAUAGUUAGUUCCUGCCGGCGUUUUUGCUGUAAGCCCUGCCUUUUCAUAGAAAAGGCUGUGUUUACAUUUCUGCCUAGGGAGGCGUCCGGUGGCAGUCACUCAGACGACCAUUAGAAGCAAAGCAUGGAAAUGCUGAACUUUCCCCAUAGAGAUGCAAAUUGGCCCACGGGGCAUUUUGCUCUACACCCCACCGCGUCUCUUUGCCUGGCCUCAUCAGAAUUGAUUAUCUCGGCCAAUCCAAUGCUUUUCUAUGGAAAAGCAUUUGAUUAGCUGUGGUAAUCAAUUUGAUUGUGUCCUAAAAGGAGGAGAAUUGGGGGCAGGCUAGCACUGUCAGACCCGUACAGCGCUGGAAUAAAAAGUGAGUAAACCUACUUAUUUAAGAGAGGCUGGGGGGGCUAAAUACUGUUUUUGACCAUAUAUUUUUUUUUACUCUCAUUUUCCAUUAUACUUUUGACAUUCUAAAAGCUGGCAAAGCAUCAUGACAGUUGCUGUUAUACAACAUCAAGGAAUCUACCAUUUGCCCAGCCCUGCUUUAGAGUGAUAAUCUAGAUCAGACAAUGUAUAUUAAAUGCUGAACCACUAAUGAUAUUGCUUUUUGAAACUUACUAUUUUUAUUUUUGUAUAACUAAAAUUCCAAUUUUUUUCCUUAAUAAUUUAGAAUUAUAGGGAUGUCAUGGCAAGUCAUUCAGAGAAUUACCGUUGGAAGCGCUGGAGUCUUGAAGACACUGCUGCACUGUUAUCGCGACGUUUUCACACCAGCCAUAUCUGGAUAGUAAAACCUUCCCGUAUGCAUCUACACAAGUUUAACUGUUAUGACAACUUUGUAGAAAGUAACAUGUUUGGUGCACCAAAGCACAGUGGGGAGCUGCUUGCUUUCAGACAACUUCUUUCAUUGCUUGUGAAUGCUUUCCCAGUGGCACAGAAUGUUCUGAUGUCUCAGAGUAACAAAUAUGGUGUUAGUAGAGACUAUAAUAUAUCCUCUUUUGAUGCCAGCCCCUCACAUGCAGAAAAUGGCUGUCACUCGGAAAGAAAAAGUGCAUCAAAUUGCCCUGAAUACUUUACAAGUCAUUUUGGUUCGCCGUUUAUAAGAGAUUCUUUAUCGUUUACUGUAAUCGGAUUCAGCAAAGGCUGUGUGGUAUUAAAUCAACUGCUUCAUGAGCUCCAAGAAGCGCAUCAAGAUAAAGAUGUUAAUUCUUUUCUUGCAAACAUAGAAUCUAUGUAUUGGCUGGAUGGUGGGCACUCUGGAGGAAGUGAAACGUGGAUCUCCCGACCUGAUAUUUUGAAAGUGUUUGCUCAGACGGGGAUUGCAGUUCACACCCAUGUCACUCCAUACCAAGUGAGUGACUCAAUGAGAUCUUGGAUUGGAGAAGAGCACAAGAAGUUUGUACAGAUUUUGAAAGAAUAUCGAGUAACUGUUGAUAACCACUUACAUUUUAUGUAUGAAAUGCCUUCUCUGGAUAAUCAUUUCAGAGUUCAUGAAGUAUUCUGAAACCAUUAAGUGUAAAGGUUAAUCAUAAAGUUGAAUUAAACAAAAUGACGAAAAUAAUUUAGCUUCACUGUGCAGGGAGAAAGCAGUAGUCAGUCUAUGCAAACCAGAUUUUUAAUUGUUGGAUAAUAAUGGAAAUAAAUAAGCUAUAAUAGUCUGCCUACAGCAUGUAUUAAUCAUACUACUGUAAGAAAUUAUGAUUGCUGAACUAUUUUAUUUGAAGAGCCUAUAUUAAUUGUGUUCUGUUCAAUAUAAAAUGUAGUGUAUCCAUAUCCAACCAUUUUUCAGAUAAAGGUUACUGUGAUUAAAGGGACAAUCAAAGCACCCUCACAUCUGCAGUCUGUUGCUGUGGUUGUGAUUCUAGAAGACCAUGUGUGCAGUUCUUUCAAUUUUUGACAAAGUUCUUGUUGAACCCUUUGCCCCUAAAGCUAUGCUUCCAGCUUGGGUACUUUUGCCUUAAAUUUGAAUUCUCACUUUAGUAAAUACAGCUGGCAUCCAUAGCAUUCUUGAAUCACUACCAUUAUAUUUACUGAAUAUGGUGAUUACCAAUUUAAGAAUUAAUUUGAACAAAAUGUUUUUGGGAACCUAUUUUCAGUUUAUAAUUUGUAACAGGUGAGCUGCUAGAUCAGGUUUUAUUUUACAUUAAAACACUGAAAAUUGCUUGUGAAUAUUAACAUUGUAAAAAUCAAAACCUGCAGUUGGAGUUUUUACACACUUUUCAAAUCUUUUUUUUUUUUAUAUA